UCUAAAAUAAGUGAUGAUUCUCUUCUAAGUGAAGCAGGACCCAUGAGGAGUCCUUUCACUACGCAAGCGCACCCGAUAAUUCAGAGUCAUACGGGAAAUUAUGUUUUACAGUAUACCAAAAAUAUAUAUAUAGAGUUAUAGACAGAUAGGUCAGAACUCCAGAAACUGGGCCAUAAUCAGUUUUAUUUAUCACACAUUAGAAAAGUUUCUUCUGCAUGAUGCUCUGAAUUUUAUAUGUGGAGGUUUUCAGAGUUUUCACAAUACUUCUGAGUUUUUUCUUUUCAAGUUUCAUCAUUUUGGCAUCAUCCUCUAUUUUUUAAAAUUAAAAUUUGGCAUUCUAUAUAUCCUUUUCCCCCUCAUUCUUCAGUUUUUACACAUUUUUAUCAUUUCAAAAGGGAAGAGAAUUAGAGAAAGAUAUAAUGGCUGUGGAUUACUACUCAUACAAUCAUAAUGAACAUAAAGUAGAUGUGAAGGAAGAAGAAGAUGAUGAUGAUGAAGAAGACUACAUAGACAUGGAAGUGAGCUCGUUUGCUCACUUCUUUUCUCUCUCAACAAACAACCCUUUGUCUUCUCCACAACAUGCUCGUGAAUUCGAGUUUCAAAUGUCGUCAUCCAUGAAUGUAGAGAGAGAGUCAACUACAUCACCAGCUGAUGAGCUUUUUUACAUGGGGAAAUUACUACCUCUGCACCUCCCACCUCGUUUACAGAUGGUUGAAAAGCUUCUUCAAGAUUCAACCCCUAAGAAUUUUAACGAGUUUUACAGUACUCCUUUGGGUACUAAUACUGCAACUACCCCAAUAACAAGCACUACACCUUUUGAGUCAUGUAAUAUAUCUCCAGUUGAAUCUUGUCAGGUUAGUAGAGAGCUUAAUCCUGAAGAGUAUUUUCGUGAGGAUGAUUGUUUUCAAAAGGGUGAUAAUUGUGUAAAGAAGUCUUGGACUAAAAAGUUGAAGACAAAGAUUAAGUCUUUGUUUGGGAAAUCAGAUGAAUUCUCUGCUUCUUCUUCUUCUUGUUCAACUGCGAAAAGCAAGGAAGAAAGUUCGAGUUUAGAGAAGGAAAGCAAGAAAAUUCCAUGCAAAAGAAUUCAACAAGUUGUUUCUCAGGAUAGAUUUGACAGAGAAAAUGAUGACAAAGAGGGUAAAAUUUGUCACAGGAGAUCAUUUUCUGGUGCAUUUAAACGGCGUUCAUCAACAGCAACUAAGUUAUCUUCUUCACAUUCACCAGGAUCAUCCUCCACUUCUUCUUCUUCAUCAUCUUCUUCGUCUUCUUCAUUGAGUACUUCAACAAGCAAUCAUUCAAAUGGGGUGAAGGAUUUCCCAUUGCUUAAGAGAAGCAGCAGUGUGAAAUCAGAGAUUGAGACCUCAUUAAUCCAAGGAGCCAUUGCUCAUUGCAAGCAAUCAUCACAACAGGCGAUACAAUCUCGAAAAACUUUGAGUGAAAUCGGUUGUUAUUCAUUCCCUUCUUCCAGGUUUGCUGUUCUUGAUGAUCAAACAAGCCUUUGCAGGGGUUGAGAUAGAAACAAACAUAGGAAAAGGGAGAUUAGAACUUAAAUUUUAAAAUGUGUUUUUUUUUAAUCAAGUGAAUUAUGUGAUGAUACUUGUAUGCUAAUCUAAUAUGGUUUUGGUUAAUUUUCAUAAUUAGCAAACUGAGUGUUUGAUUUGAUUUGCCAUUCUUGUUGUUUUUUCUGUUGUCCACCAAACUUUCAUGAUUUUCAGGGUACUUGAUGAAAUACAAUUGUUCAAAGAUUCUCAUCA